GAGCGUUCGCGCGCUGCCAGGAUGCGCUCAGUGUGCGCGUGGCCAACACAUCCACUGAUUGUUGACAACGCGCCCUGCGCGCGUGCACUACUACGCUGCUUAGAGGAGUGAGGUGAAUUUUCCCUUUCAUACUGACGGAGCAACAGCACAAGUGCAUUUAGGAGACAGAGACGUUUUUUUCUUUGCACAAUUUUGGACCAGUCGCGAGCCACAGAAGCAGGUGCACUGCUCGCACUCUUUAUUUGACGGAACCACGAAGUCAUGCACACGCUUAUUGAUGAAAAGUUAAUUCACGCUUACUAAGACGUAGGCUAUACAUCGGGAAAAGUAACCUGGGGCUGAAUAGUGCGUGCUUCAUAAAUUACUCGUCGCACACGAGGAAUACAUAAUAAUUAUGUCGAGGAAAAAAGCGGUCAAAGGAAAGGGGAGUUCAAAUUCACCGAGCUCAUCUCCUAUGAGCGAUAAAGAGAAGGGUAAGAAAGUCCCGACCCAGUCCAACGGAGUGGUGCAUCCCAGCCGACCCUCUCUCAGCAACAGCGGCGAAUUCUACGACAUCGCCUUCAAGGUAAUGCUGGUUGGUGACUCUGGGGUGGGGAAAACCUGUCUGUUGGUUCGCUUUAAAGAUGGAGCAUUUCUGGCUGGGAGCUUCAUCUCAACAGUUGGUAUAGACUUCAGGAAUAAGGUGCUGAACAUUGACAGUGUGAGGGUCAAACUACAGAUCUGGGACACGGCGGGACAGGAGCGAUUCAGGAGCGUGACGCAUGCCUACUACCGAGACGCCCAUGCUCUUUUGCUGCUCUACGAUGUGACAAAUAAAGCCUCUUUUGACAGCAUACAGGCCUGGCUCACAGAGAUUCAUGAGUUCGCUCAGCAGAAUGUAGUGAUCAUGCUUCUGGGUAACAAGGCUGAUGCCACACAUGAAAGGGUUGUGAAGAGAGAGGAGGGUGAGAAACUGGCUAAGGAGUAUGGCGUUCCCUUCAUGGAGACCAGUGCUAAAUCAGGUCUGAAUGUGGAGUUGGCCUUCACUGCUGUGGCCAAGGAACUGAAGCACAGGGAGAUGAAGGAGCCUAACGAGCCAAAGUUUCAGCUGCAGGAGUAUGUUAACAAGGAGAUGAAGGGAGUCGGCUGCUGUCACUCCUAAACUCUGUCUGUCUGUCUGUUUGUGUGUUUUUCCACUUUCAUCCUCUUCUCUCGCAUAAAUUAGAUGCCUGUCAGAUAUUCCGUGUCUCUGGAGACUUUCAUUUUCAAAUGCUGUGUUCUUUCUUUGGACCUUCAUGCAAUUCACAGCUCGCAAACAAUAGCGAACGGCACAAAGCGAACAGAGAAGCAGUCAUCAGAAUGCAAUAGGCACGUGCGUAAAUAUUUACACUCCCAAUAAAUGCGGAUGUUUCAUCACACUCUCGAAUUGUUCUCCUGACCCACCUCUCUAAGCAGCUGUGAAUGUAUGUCCAACACUCAUGAUCAGUUGUGUCAGAUCUCACAUGUACAAAUCAUUAAUUCCUAAGUUAAUGAUGAGCUUUUCUGUGGCAGCUUCUCUUGAACCCAAUCAUACUCUAACUUACAUUGUGUCAAAGUGUGUUAUAAGGUAAACAGAGAAUUAAUUGUGUGUGUAAAAUCAUAAUUAACAAAGACUUAUCUUUUUAUAAAAUGGAGUUUUCUGUGCUUUCAGUCUCAAUCUUGCAAAAUGAGUCCUGAUGCACUUUGUACACAUUGAAAUAUGUGUGGAAAUGCUUUAAAAUUACAUUAGAGAAAUUGUUUGGUUUUUUUUUCUUGUAAAAUGUUCUUUUAUUAAAUGAAACAGACUGCAUUCCUGUAACUUAAUUUUCUUGUUUUGUUUCUCGCCCAGAACAUGGCUUUAUAUGUUUAUAGCUGAUUUUUUUUCUUCUUUUUUUUUUCUUUGGGUGACUUUUUUAAAAUCUUUCAUAGUUUUAAGGUUAAAUUUGACAGAUUUUCUCUUUUUUUGUGUACAAACCAUCACGUACUGUAUUACUCUAAGGCUCGUCAAAGUCAUGAACAGAUCAUGUGACAUGAUAAAAUGUUUUAACAUGGAUGGAAAGUUUAAGCUAGUCAAAAAAAGUAGUCAUCCGUAUACAUAUUGACUCUUUACAAUUUCAGAAACACAUACGCUUCAUAAUCAUAUUCUCGGUUGCACUUUAUUAUACACUAUAUGUGUAUACUAACCUAAGAAAAUAGGCUACUGCACUGUAAAAAUUAUUUUUAUGAUUUAUCACAACAUUUUUUCUUUUGUCAGAUCAACUUAAAUAAUUAAAGUGGUUCUUAUAACACAAUAUUUUGAGUUUCUGCUGAUUAAACCAAUUUCAAUGAACUCAACAUUUUUAAGGCAACCAGGUAACUUAUGUUUUUUUAAGCUAAACCAACAUUUUGUUUUUUCAGUGUGGUUAAUAUAUAACUGCACGGGUUAAGGUUAGGGUUCAGGGUUAGUUAUUGUAACUACUAUAAUAAGUAGCCUACAUAGUAUGUAUAAGCAGAAGAGUAAAAUAAAGUGCCACCAUAUUCUCUCAUCAUUGUUAUUUGUCAAUGUCUUUUCAUAAAAUAUGAAUGUAUGUAAUAUACAUGUGAAAAAUAUCAGUUGGCGAUUAGUUUGCAUAAUACAUGAUUGAUGUUUUGUUGAAUGCCUUUACAUUUUUUGUCCUGUACGCUAAAUAUAUAGAAAGCUUUAACUAGACAUUAGUUGCUUUAAGUGAUGGUCAGAAUGUGCCAGAAUUAAACAAAUUGAUGUUAUGUCAAGAUACUAUGCGUACUGUAGAUCGUUUAAUAUAUCGUGCUGUAAAAAUAUUUUCAUUUGAAGAGUUUUCACCUGGAGAGUACUAUGCCUUUUGCACUUUUGUUCUCGUUGUUUUUCUGUUGUUGUUGUUCUUAUUUUUUAUAUCACCUGGAACUAAUGAAAUACCAGUAUUUAGCCUGAAAUUAAUAUUUUGUUGUCAGAAAAUUUGUACUUAUGUGCCAUUUUUAGCUGCUGAAAGAAUUUUAACCACAAAUCAACUAAUGUAUAUAAGGUAAACUCAGUUUAUUUUCCCCUGUAUGAAGAAAUUACAUGAACAGGUUAUAUCACAGAAAUGACAAGCAAUGAUAUACAGAACUUUUUUCUAUCUGAAAGUGUUGACGACCUCCACGCUGUUGUUGUUUUUUUCAAGGUUUUUAUGUAACGUGUAUUGUAUUCCCAACAAUAAAUUCGGACAGUGAAGUGAA